UGUUGGUGGAGUGCCGGAUGAAACGCCUGCUAAUUAUACCAACAAAGGUCUUGCCUAUCAAGGCCUGAAUGAUGAUAAACCAUUAGCAUCGCAAGGUCAAGAAAGCGAUCAAGGUGAGUACAGUCAUCGAAUCCAGAAGAGUCAAUAAAAUACUGAUAAGCCACUCUUUCCCCCUCAGACACAUACACAGGUCAGGACCGCUCAUUCUUGAACGCAUUCAUGAACAGCAAAGCAGGAAAAGCAUACGUACACGGCAUCGUAAGCGGUCACGAUCACGGUAAUGAUUGGUGUGCACCAAGUUCACUCAAAUCAUCCGCAGGUCAAAUUGUACCAGUUUGUUUUGCAAAACAUUCAGGUUAUGGUGGAUAUGAUUAUGAUAAUUGGAAUCAUGGUGCUCGUAUUUUUGAUUUUAACGAAGAAAACGUUCAAGAUGGCGUUCAAACGUAUGUUCGAUUUGAAACUGGUGAAAAACGUUAUUCAACCAAUUUGAAUUCGAAAUGGGCCAGUGAAGUGCCUGCUUAAAUAGUAUAUCUCUUCAAUAUGAUGAUGAUGA